AUGUGGAGGUCUGUAAACGCUUCAUUUUCCAAAUACUCAAUUGAAUUGGCCCAAUUGCUCUGCAGGUGCCUCAAGGACCCUUUUAAAGAAAAGGCCCUGGCAAGAUACAAACUUAAUUUAAAGCAAACUAACUACGCCAAUGGAAUUCCACAAGCUCCAGCACAUAAUCUAAUAUGUGUUCAGAAUAUCAUAAAGAAUUCAAGUAGUAGAGACUACUGGGCAACGAUUCCCAAUAAUCGCAAUUAG